CGUCCAAAUGGUUGAACGUCUUUGGACUGGUAAUUGGUUAUUAAUUAUUCGCACCACGUGUCAUUUUUUUAUUGGUGGCUAAUUUCGUCGAUUUAUAUUUCCGAGGUAGAUGCCACGUGUCGCUUUCGUAUUGGCUGGGUCGUUUCGAUUACCUAGGUCAGCAUCCUAUAAAUAGUGGAAUGCCUCCCUUAACCCUUUUCAUUCCAGAGAUUUUCUUCCUUGACAUCCGUCGUCUAGAGCCUCGUCUAGGAGUUUCUCUGCGUCUAGAGUCUUCUUCCGUCUAGAGCCAGGUACUCUUCUUCUCCUCGUCUUUAGGUUUUAAGUUUCUUGUUAGAGAUGUCCGCUGCCUCCUCGUCUACUGAUAGCCUUAAUAAGGCCAUAGACGAGUACUGUGAGGAUACUAGUGAGAGGUCUAACUCUAGCAGUGCUAGUGAUGAGAGUGGAGGAAGCACGGACGAGAACUACUCUUCUGGGGCCCCUGGGCUCCCUAUUGAGGUCGUCCAAGAACAGCUUAGGAGAGCUUCUGGCUCUCAAGCUGGUUCUCCGUCCAAUCCUACGGACGAGGUAGAAACCGUCUUCAGCUGCGCUGUAGGCGUCCAUUCUAAGACGGACGAACAGAGGUUAAAUAGCCUUAAAUCCUGGUAUCAAAUCCCAGACGAGUUUAACCCUAGGCUGCCCGUCCGUGGAGAGUGGUGUUGUGAGCCCCGUUUUGGUAUAGGCGUCUAUGAAUCUUACUUUUUAGGUGGCCUUAGGUUUCCUUUAAAUGCCUUCGAUAGAGAGUUAUUAGUUAAGUUAGGUUUAGGUGUUUGUCAAUUCAAUCCUAACGCAUGGAGACUCAUUAUCUCCAUGCAAAUUUUGUGGAGGGAAGUUUUUGGUGGGGACCGUCCUCUUACAGUGGACGAGUUCCUUUAUUGUUAUAAACCUUCUGCCAUAAGUCAAUCUGAAGGUUUUUAUCAGUUUACUGCUAGAGGGAAUGAUUGUAGGUUGAUCAAGUCCCUAGCUUCGUCUGAUAGGAAAUGGAAGACGGAGUUCAUUUUCGUUUCAGGCUUCUGGGCAGGGAACCCUGUGGACGUUGGCAGGGAUCCCUUUCCCCCUUACACUGGGGAACUAGGGAACCUUCGUCCAGAAGCUGCCAAACGUCCGUCCCUGAGUAAAUUCCAUCGUGACCGCGUCCAUAGAGCUCGUCUACAUACAGACAGGAGCUUUCGUUCUCUUGUCACGCUAAGACGCUUAGCCAAGUGGGGUUUAGGUCCUGAGCCUUCAGACGAAGCUAUCGCCCACGAAGUUACUGUGCGAAAAAGAAUGUCAACAAUGAAAGAGAAUAGAGGGAAGGAGAUUGCAGGAGAGGGGAAACGUCCUGAGGGUCAAGCCCAAGAUCGUCCUGAGGGUCAGACUCGUCCAACGGUUGGGGACAAAAGGAAGUUCUUGCCAAAAAAUAUUGACUUGGAAGGGCUCCCCAGUCGUAGGGACAAAAGGGUCAAGUCAAGCUCGUCCAAGGUGGUCAAGUCCAAACCUCCCCAGUCCCAGCCUGCCAUCCAGAUAGUUGAUGUGGACUCGUCCACUCCAGUGGAGUCCACGCCGUCCAAGACUCCACCCAGAACUCCUUUGGCCAAGUCUACCACGCCUGGCUCGUCCCAGCCUUCCACGAACAUUAUUGAGAACGAAGACCUGGCUUGGGAACGUUUCCAGAUGGCUGUCAAGGACGAAGAUAUAAACAUGUGCUACAACAUGGGUUUAAAGGAAUUUGAACAUUCAGGCGUCCAUGACCUCUUCAAGGCCAUGUCCAAGUUUAUAGCAGCGUCUAGACAGGCAACAGAGCUGGACAAGACGAGAGUCUUGUUGGAGACGAGGAUUCAGCAGGUGAAUGCUGAGUGUAAAAAAUGGGCUGGGGUUGCUGAAAAAGCUAAGGACGAGGUCAAGGAACGUAACAAGCUGAUUGAGGAGCUAAGGACGGAUGCAGUGGAGAAGGAUACGCGCAUUGAUCAUUUGCAGAAGAUGAACGAUGAAUUGAAUGCUCGUCUCUCCAAGGCAAAAGAGGACGCUGUGGCUGAGUUCAAGUCGUCCAAAGAAUAUACAGACACUUUGGAUCGCAAUUAUGCAGCUGGUUUUGAAGAUUUCAGAAUGGACGCUAUUGAGAACUUUCCUGAAGUUGAUUUUAAUGCAAUCAAGCUUAACCUUGCUGCUGCCACAAGCUCUCUUCUCCAGACUGGCUCUGAUGACGUCAACGUGGAAGACGAUGCUAGUACCCAGCCUCAGGACGCACCAGUGUGA